CUACACGUAUACAUACACCCCAACCCUCUUUAUCUAAAAUUUUCUACUUUUCGUCAAGUUUGUUCGCUCUUUCCCUCUGCUCUGCACAACUCUGUCUCGUCUCGUAGAUCAGGGAAUAUCUUCUAGUUCUAUUCAUGGCUUCCAAGCGGAUCUUGAAGGAGCUCAAGGAUCUCCAGAAAGACCCUCCGACCUCUUGCAGUGCUGGUCCUGUUGCUGAAGACAUGUUUCAUUGGCAAGCUACCAUAAUGGGUCCUCCAGAUAGUCCUUAUGCAGGAGGAGUAUUUCUAGUUACAAUUCACUUCCCACCCGAUUAUCCAUUUAAACCACCAAAGGUUGCAUUUAGGACUAAGGUUUUUCAUCCAAAUAUUAACAGCAAUGGCAGUAUAUGUCUUGAUAUAUUAAAAGAACAGUGGAGCCCAGCCUUGACAAUAUCCAAGGUGUUGCUCUCAAUUUGUUCCCUCUUGACGGACCCCAACCCAGAUGACCCUUUGGUGCCAGAAAUUGCUCAUAUGUAUAAGACAGACCGGGCCAAGUAUGAAUCAACUGCUAGGAGCUGGACCCAAAAAUAUGCCAUGGGCUAGGAUAGUCUGUCUUUCCCUAUUUAUGUAUAAAUGAAAACUGAAGUGUGAUCUGUUUUCUUUACUGCCAUUAAACGGACCAAACAGUUGGCGUUUUAGCUUUGUUUAGUGUGUAUUGCAAUUGAUAUUUAGAACCAUGUAAUUGUAAGAUGGGCAGCUAAUGUUGUUAAAUAUGCGACUGUUUGGUAAUCCUGAUAGUUUUAUUCCGUGAA